UGUGUGUGUGUGUGUGUGUGUAAAGCUAUAUAUGAAGAAGAGGGUGUUGGCCUCCAGCUCACCUGGCUAACAGGAGUGGUUGAGGGAGGCCAAGCAAGGGGAGGGACCAUUUCACUGAGCGGUCACACGCACACAGACACUCUCCCUCUCACUUCUCUCAAGGACUGGACACACACAGACACACUCUUGGUGGCGGAACCUCACGAAGAGAGGAGUGAGGCGAAUAUUUAACACAGCAGAAGUGGAGAGACUUUCAAAGGAUUGUCUCUUUGGUGCACCGCCCCUGGAAGCUCGCGGCUCUCUGUCUCUCCGACUGUGGUGUGUGUGUGUGUGUGUGCGCGUGCCUCUGCUCUGUUCCCUGCUGAAGGGGAAAGUUUGGCUCGGAGUUGCUGUGCUGCGGGAGGAACAGUAGUGGACUUAAUUUCCCUUCCUGUGAGAAGAGCGGAGCGGAGCCCCGUGCGGACCUCACAUCUCCAACCCCUUUUUUCCUUUUGCUUUUUCUUUUUGUGUGUUUUGGCGAACUCUGGGAUUUGGGAAAGUUCACAAUAAGAGGUAGAGAUGGGCAGAUGGGCAGUGGGUCUCGUGAUGGGGCUCCUCACUCUUGCCCUCUGGUCAACAAGUCCAGCAGACGGAGUGAACCACUGUAUGAGCGCCAACAAUAAGAACUGCUCCAUGUGCCUCCAAGCAGGAAAGGGUUGUGGAUACUGCGCAGAUGAGGACUUUGCCGCUGCCCGAUGUGACCUGGAAAAACAUCUGAAAGAUCUGAAGUGUCAAACGAUAAUGACUGUAGAAAGCUCCAUGUCCAUAGAUGAGCACGAGGCCAUCCGAAUGUCCGUCAGCUCGGCCCAGGUGGCCCCCCAGAGGAUGACUAUGACCCUGCUGCCCGGAGAGGAGCGUGAGGUGCUGUUUGAGGUGUUUGAGCCAGUGCAGGGACCCCUGGACCUCUACAUUCUCAUGGACUUCUCCAACUCCAUGUCCGACGAUCUGGACAACCUGAAGAAUAUGGGGGAAGAGCUGGCUAAGCGGGUGGACAAGCUGUCUAAAGACUACACCAUUGGCUUCGGCAAGUUUGUGGACAAAGUCUCAGCACCGCAGACGGAUAUGAGAGCGUCCAAAUUGAAGCAGCCUUGGCCCAAUAGCGACCCUCCCUUCUCCUUCCAGAACGUCAUCAAGCUGACGAGCAACAUCUCCUCCUUCCGUGAGAAACUGCAGAAGGAGCGCAUAUCUGGCAACCUAGACGCCCCAGAGGGAGGGUUCGAUGCCAUCCUGCAGACUGCUGUCUGUGAGUCGAACAUCGGCUGGCGGAGCGAAGCCACCCACCUGCUGGUCUUCUCCACGGAGUCUGCGUUCCACUACGAGGCGGACGGCAUGAACGUGCUGGCGGGCAUCCUGCCCCGCAACGACGAGGCGUGUCACCUGAGCGCCGACGGCUCCUACACCAAGUACAACGAGCAGGACUACCCGUCGGUGCCCACGCUGGUCCGACUGCUGGGCAGGCACAACAUCAUCCCUAUCUUCGCCAUCACUCAGCACUCCUACACCUUUUACGAGAAGCUGGCUACGUACUUCCCCAUUGCUGAGGUAGGGAAACUUGAGGAGGAUUCUAAGAACAUCCUGGACAUCCUGGAGAAAGCCUUUGAGAGUAUCCGUUCAAAGAUAAACAUCCGAGCUGAAGAUAAACCGAAAGCCAUGAUGACGGAGAUCCUGUCAGCCAGUGGCCAGAGCGCAGAGGCCGGAACUUUCCGCCUUCCGCCUGGACAAAUCGGCCAGUAUAAGCUGAAGGUGCAAGCCAGUCAGAUGUUUGAGGACGAGCCAGUGUGCCAGGCAGACUCUACUGUCCGUGAGGGCACCAUGAGGGUGAAGCCCACCACCUUCAGUAAGGCUCUGCAGCUCCAAGCCAAAGUGCUCUGCCCCGUGUGCAAGUGCGAGUCGUUGAAGGCUGUGAAAGCCCAGAGAUGCAAUCUGCAUGGAGACCUGGUCUGUGGAAAAUGCCAGUGUUACGAUGGCUGGUUGGGUCCCUACUGCAACUGUUCGGCCACUGCCUCGAACGCCAACAUGGCACGCUGCAUCAAGCCGGGCGAGACGGAACCCUGCUCUGGGCGUGGUGACUGCCUGUGUGGCAACUGCGUCUGCUACAACCCCAGCCAGAUCGAGGGCGAGUUCUGCCAGUACGACAAGACCCAGUGCACACGUUUUGGUGGAGCCCUCUGUAAUGAUCGUGGCCUCUGCUCCAUGGGAAGCUGUACGUGUGACAACGGCUGGAAGGGCCUAGCUUGCGAGUGUCCAAUCAGCAAUCAGACGUGCCUGGACAGCAAAGGGGUCAUGUGCAAUGGACGAGGUGUGUGUAAGUGUGGUCGCUGUGAGUGUCAGGCGUUUGACAUGCCCCUUGGCCCUACCUGCGAACUCAGUGUCCGGGCUCAGCUGGGCAUGUGUGAGGACCGGAGGGCCUGUGUCCAGUGCCAGGCCUGGAAGACUGGGGAGAAGAAGGACUCGGAGGAGUGCAAAAACUGUCCCUUCAAGAUCAUAAUGGUGGACGAGCUCAAAGACAGGGAACAGGUGUUUGAGUCCUGCAGCUUCCGUGAUGAGGAUGAUGACUGCACCUAUCACUACACAGUGGGAUCAGAUCCCAAAAUUAAGGAGACUACUGUGGAGGUGCUGAAGAAGAAAGACUGUCCUCCUGGUGGGUUCCUGUGGCUCAUCCCUCUCAUCAUGUUUCUCAUGCUUUUGCUGGGACUACUGCUGCUCUGCUGCUGGAAGUACUGCGCCUGCUGCAAGGCUUGUUUGGCGUUGCUUCCUUGUUGUGGGAGAGGUCGCACUGUGGGCUUUAAGGAGGACCACUACAUGCUGCAGCAGUCUCUGCUGACGUCGGACCACCUGGACACCCCCAUGGUCCGCACUGGGCCCCCGAAAAGCACAGACGUGGUGCGCUGGAAGAUCACGGACAACGUGCACCGUGGAGCCGACCACCCUCUGGCCCGAGUCCAGCCCAACCCCAAAGAGACCAUCCAGUUCCCUCUCUCGCUGCGGCUGCAGCGACUCUUCUCCGAGAGUCUGUCUCGCCCAGAGAGUCGUGACGCUGAGGCCCUCCGCCACGAGGUGGAGGAUAACCUGAAUGAAGUGUACAAGCAGAUUCCUGGGUCUCAUAAAGUGACCGGCACUGCCUUCAGGACCCAGAGAAAUGCUGGCAAAAGGCAGAACAACACCAUCGUGGACACGGUUCUUGCUGCUCCUCGCUCCGCCUACCCCGACAUCGUCAAGCUGACCAACAAGCAGGUGCAGGCCAGUACCUUCAGCAACAUGAAGGUCGUCCCGGGCUACUACACCGUGGCAACAGACCGAGAGGCUACGGGGGCAGUGGAGCUACAGGAAGGUGUGGAGUCUGUGGACGUGCGUGUGCCACUCUUCAUCAAAGACGAGGAUGAGGAGAAGAAACAGCUGCAGGUGGAGGCUCUCGAUGUGCCCCUCGGCAUUGCCAAGCUCGGCCGCAAAUUCGUCAACAUCACCGUCGUCAAGGAGCACGCCAAGAGCAUCCUGACAUUCCUGCAGCCUGCAUACACAUACAGCCGCCAAGAAGGCGUGGCUAACAUCCCCAUCAGCCGGGAGAUCAUUGAAGACGGACGCACACAGGUCACCUACCGCUCCCGUGACCUCACCGCCAAGGACAAGAAGGACUAUAUGACCGUGGAGGGUGAUCUGACUUAUCAGCCGGGCGAGACUCAGAAAAUGGUUCCCGUAAAGCUGCUGGAACUGGGCGAGGCCGACGGUCUGCUGGAUGACCGGCAGGUCAAACAGUUUGUCAUGGACCUGAGCAACCCGCGCCAGGGAGCCAAGCUGGGCCGAUACCCACGCACCACCAUCACCAUCGCAGACAAGCCUGAGCCCAGUGUGAUGAUGUUUAAGAAGGGCACCCAGACCUUCACGACCUCUGACCCUGUCUACAACAUUCCCGUGGUCCGGACCCGGAACCUGGAGGGCCCGGCCACCGUGCACUGGCGGACCCGAAAGGCGUCUCGCUUUGAGGUGUCUGGCCCGCUGAAGUUUGGCCCAGGCGAGAGCGAGAAGAACGUUGUGAUCGACGCACGCUCCCAUCCAGGGCCCAUCAACCCAGAGACCUUCCAGCUGGAGCUGUUUGAGCCGGGCCCCAACACCGCCGUGGGAGAGAGGAAGACCACACUGGUCAACGUCACUGACCCUGGUGGCGAUAUGAAAACCCAGGACAUGAUCCCGCUGCAGAAUAUGGGCUUCAUAAACCAGCAGACAUCUCCAGGAGUGCCCACCAACAUCAAGGCCAACGCCACCGGCCCCCGGAACAUCCGCCUCAACUGGAACCCAGUGCCUGGGGCCCUCGGCUACAAGGUGAAACACUGGAUCUACGGAGACCCGGAAGAGGAUGGUCAGGUGACCGAUGUGAAGUCGCCCCAGGCUGAGCUGACCAACCUGUACCCGUACUGCGACUACGAGAUGCGGGUGCGCAGCUACAACGCCAUGGGAGAGGGAAGCUACAGCGACAUGGUGCCCUGUCAGACCCUGGAGGAUGUGCCCAGUGAGCCGGGUCGCCUGGCCUUCAACGUCCUCAGCCCCACGGUCACUCAAGUGAGCUGGGCUGAGCCCGCGGAGCCCAACGGCAUCAUCACAGACUACGAGGUCAUCUACACGCCCAUCGACGAGGACAGCAAGCCCAUAGGCACGGACAAGAAGGUGAAAAUUGACAACGCAAAGAAACGCAUGUUGCUGAUCGAGAACCUGCAGCCCCACCAGACGUACCUCUACAAGGUGCGGGCCAAGAACAGCAUUGGUUGGGGACCGUUCCGCGACGCCACCAUCAACCUGGCAUCGCAGCCCAGCAGACCCAUGUCUAUUCCCAUCAUCCCUGACAUCCCCAUCGUGGACGCGGAGGCGGGUGACGAGUAUGACAGCUACCUGAUGUACAGUAACGAGGUGCUGCGGACCCCUAACAGCUCCAAGAGCCCCAGUGUGGUCGGAGACGACCACACGGUGAAUGGCAAGUGGGACCAGAGUUUCCUCUACCCCGGCGGUUCCGACUCUCUCACUGGCUCCCUCUCACGCAACAUCAGCUCCGCGUCGUCCAGCUACAACCAGCUGUCGAACCUCCCCCACGCCAACUUCAAACACGGAAACUCUGCCAGCAGCAUGACCAUGGAGACCACCAACACCUACGUGUCAGGCCAAGGGGGCUCGAUGUCACGGCAGGUUAUCUCAAAAGGCGGAGUCCCUGCCAGAGAUGUGAUUAUGAGGAAGCACUCUCAGAACCGUGGUUACUAUGACGACAACGUGCGGGAUUCCAUCGUCAUGGGCGAUUUGCAGGCUGGAUUCAUGGACAGCAUGAGUGGCUCAGGCUACACUAAGACCCUGACCAACUUCAGCAUGACUGCCGGCUCCAGGGGACGCACGCAGUCGGAGGAUGUGAACGAGGCCCUCAUGAACCUGGACAGGGUGCUCCUGGAGUCCCGGACGAACCCUGGUGUCCCCGACACCCCGACCCGCCUGGUGUUCUCGGCUCUGGGGCCCACGGCCCUCAAGGUCAGCUGGCAGGAACCCCACUGUGAGAGGGACAUCCUGGGCUACUGCGUCCUCUACCAGCUGCUCAACGGAGGCGAGAUGAAGCGCAUCGAGGUGACCAACCCGGCGCAGAACUCGGUGGUGGUGCAGGAGCUGCUGCCCAACCACUCGUACGUGUUCAAGGUCAAGGGUCAGAGCCAGGAGGGCUGGGGGCCAGAGAGGGAGGGCGUCAUCACCAUCGAGUCCGCCGUCGACCCCAACAGCCCCCUCAGUCCCAUGCCUGGCUCUCCGUUCACUCUGAGCACGCCCAGUGCCCCAGGGCCGCUGGUGUUCACUGCCCUGAGCCCCGACACGCUGCAGCUGAGCUGGGAGAAGCCGCGGAAGCCCAACGGGGACGUCCUGGGCUACGCGGUCACCUGCCAGCAGCUGCACGGAGGAGGUGACUUGCGCUCCUUCCAGGUAGGCGGUGACAAUGCCGAGACGAGCCUGACAGUGUCUGACCUGCAGGAGAACGUGCCCUACAAGUUCAAAGUUCAAGCGCGGACCACCCAGGGCUUCGGGCCCGAGAGAGAAGGCAUCAUCACCAUCGAGUCCCAGGAUGGAGGCUCCAUGUCUCAGUAUAACAGUCAGUCCAUGAGCAGUAGAGAGGUGUUCCAGAUGCCAGGGGAAUCCACCACUCACACCAACGUAACACACACCAAUUUCAGUGGUCCCUACUUCUCUGGAGAUAUGCAAGAGGUCACAGGGGGCAUGAUGAUGACCAGUCAGCGUAUGGAGAGCAGUGGAACCUUCACACGUCAGGUGAUGCAGGAAGUGGUGCAAAGGGGCGUGGUCUCCAGCACAAGUGUGACCAAGCGCACGGAGAAUAAAUACUACGAGGCCUAAGGACACACACACACACACACACACACACACACACACACACAACACACACACACACACACAAACACAUACUCAAAGCCAAUGCAAAAGGGACAAACUAGUUUUAGAAACAGGUCAGCAAUGUUACCUGUAAUUUUCCUGGAAACAAACAGAUGACCCUUUUGAGAGACCAAAGUCUGUUACAGCCUCAGUAUGGCAUGACAAACCGUCUUCCCUUGUUCCCGCGUCUUCAGGGUCACCAUGGGAACACACAGGUCUAUUCAGUUCCGUCUCGUUGUAGAACUUGAACUCAUAUCAUCUCAAAGACCCUUCACAGAAACUGCAGUCCUACCCUCCACCUCCAAGGGCAGCACCACAGGGCCAUUGCAAACUGCCUCAAGUGCCCUCUGAGGAAGGGUAUUAACGGCUCACAAAUGCCCUCUGUGCCCUGCCCCCAACCCCUUGGUCAGAAGCUUCAUUCACUGUUCCAUUUGAGACCUGCACCCCCCCCCCCCCCCCUUGUUCUGCCCCUACUGUAGUUUAGCAUCUUCUUUGGGGCUUUGGAUUAGUGUGACCUGUCUGCCAGGGCUGAUUAUGGGAGAUUAUCCCCAGUGAGAGAUUCUACUGCCCCACAGCGAGCGGGAACUCUCUGCCCCUUAAUACCCCUGGUCAGAAACUGCCUAGUGUGUGUGUGUGUGUGGGGAGGGGGGGGCUAUCUACUCACCUGUCUGAGUUGCCCUGUUGCUGCAGGUAUAUCUGCAGGGGCUUAAUCAAGACGAUGCCCUUACAUGUAGGCAGUAGGAUUUGUGCCUUACGAUCUGAUCUGAGGUGAUUUGUACUGAGAAGACUCUGUCAUUUUUACACAAGUUGUUUCCUCUUAAAUUGUUUGUUGAACAGCUCUAGGUUUGAAGCAUCUUUCUGAACAUCAAACUCAAGUUAAUUUUAAAACAUCUCUUGCGUCCUCCUAUGCUUCAGGUAUUCAGCUUUCAGUGUUUCGUUGCUUCAGCAAGGGUUAAUGUAUUUAGACGAAAGAUUGUUUUGAUUUUUUUAUUAUUAUCAUAUUCCAGAUAUGUUGUUUUAUAUUCGUUCAGUUUUACAUUGAUAUCAUUUUAGGUGUGGAUGUUCAGUUGAAACAAUAUUUUGACGAUCUAUUGAUGUAGUCGGACAGGUUGUCAACAUAUUUUCUUCCACCAUACCAAAAUCAUUGCCAUGUUUGUUUGAAAGGUUUUGGCUCUACUGGGUCAUUGUGCAGAUACACUGAACUCUUACCACUGCCUGUAAUGGUUUUCUAAUACGCAUGUCAACAACAUUGCACCUAAUGAAAUUAUAAUUAUAAAACAUC